AUGAAGUAUGCAGAGGUUAUUAUAGGGCCACCAGGAAGUGGGAAAUCAACAUAUGUGGCAAGUAAAAAGGAUAUGCUUUCGCACAGAAGCCCGUUUACUGUGAAUCUUGAUCCUGGAAACACCAACGAUGCGGGCUUUGACUACAGCAUAUGCACAGUGUGUUCGUCAGAGGCAUAUCAGCAUAGAUAUGAAGUAGGCCCGAACAUGUCGACGAAGGCAAUUCUUGAAGAAUUUGGAUCUGGGUUUGAAGAGUUUUUCAGAGAAAACAUCGAUGGCACAGACCAUUACGUUUUAUUUGACUUUCCUGGGCAGAUUGAGUUUUUUAUAUCGAGUGAGAUUCCAAAUACAAUAAUCAAGCAUCUUAAAAGCAAUGGAUACUCGGUGGUGGUGGUGAGUCUUAUUGAUCUCGUUUUUUUCUCGAACGAAACUUCCCGCAUAUCUUCGUAUUUGAUUUCGGCGCUCUGCCUUGGACUUCUUGAGGCUGCCCAAGUGAAUGUGAUCAGUAAGUGCGAUAACUGGAAUAAGAUCGGAAUGGACUGUGCAUUAAGAGACAUAGCAGAUCUGUGCUGCCUGGAUGGUGAGCAAGGAAAAGCACUGUUCUAUAAAGAAGCAGCCAUGUUUGCGCAGAAUCAAGGAAUACUUCCAUAUGAGAUCUUGGACUAUGAGAAUCCAUUGUCCACACUAGCAUUACAAGUAUCAAUUGACAUAGCAAGCGGAAUGUUUUUUGACGAUGACUACUUUGCAGCAGAAAAGAUCCUGAAAAUUCCCUCUAGAGACGAGGUGUUUUCUGUGUAUGAAUGCAAUUAG